AUGCCCCGGAAGAACAAAACCGCAGCCUCUGUUGCAGAAAAUCGUGAAGCUCAGCGCAGAUCAAGAGCCCGACGGCAAGAGCUGAUUGCGGACCUACAGAGUCGAUUGGAAGAGUACGAGCGGAUGGGCGUAGCAGCCUCUAUAGAGAUGCAACGCGUUGCUCAGGCCGUCAACGUCCAGAACCAACGCCUAAAGAGCUUGCUUGGCGUAUACGGGGUCUCGGAAGAUGAAAUUGAGCGAUAUCUGUCCUCUCCCGAGGAAGAUCAUCGGGCAUUAAAUGUUCGACACCGAUGCAUCACAUGUGGACGUUUAUUACCUGGAAUAACGCAAAUAAGAGCCAUGUCGAUGGAUGAUCCGUCCCAGAGCUCCUUUGGGUCUGCAUCAAGCAUGGCCAGAGACGCAGUGCCGAUCCUCGCAUCGGUCUUGUCAAAUCCAACCCUGCCGACAUCUGCUGGAAAGCAGCCGCCAUCUGCCGAGCCGCCGAUCGAAUCGAUACUAAUACCCCGAGAAGAAAAUAAAGGAGUAUUCGUGCUUCCAGCAGAGGAACACGGAUUUCACCAUCAAAUCCCCAACAGACGCGCUCUCGCCGCUCUCGCCGCUCUCCGACUCUUUCGACUCAUCAGAUUCCAUCAUCCGUCAUUCUAA